AUGAAUAUAAACUAUGAAGUCGAACGUCGAGGAAGCAGAAGCCGAGCUCUAGAGAGAUCGCUGAGUUAUUCCGAAGCUAUCGGAAACGGAUCCGGAUCAACAAUUGAAAUACCAAGAAUAGUAGACUCCGAUGUGUAUACUAAUGAAGAAAUUAAGGAACAUUACAGAAUUUCGCAAACAUACUUCGAAGGUAGAGAAAUCGCCUUCCCUUUUAUAAAUGUCGAUGAUAAAUCGAAUGAAAUAAAAGAUUUGGGAUAUAAAUAUUAUUCGAGUGAAGAUGAAAACACAGAUGAUGCAGGUCUGGUGAUGACGAUAGAUGUUGAGACUGAGAGUCCAAAAAGUUUAGAUAAAAGAAACAUUUCGGACGCAUCAACUCAACCUUUAGUCGGUUCAGUAGUUUCGACAGACAUAUACGAAACCAUUGAAAGUGCAGAUACUAUUUACAACGAAACUGAAACAAGAAUCCCUUCAGCAGCGCAUACCUAUUCUUCUAUAUACACUAAGAGACGCAAGAAAACCAAACAUUGCAGACGUCAACACGGCAGACCAAUUAGAUCUAGACGUGUGGUGUACAAGUCUGGCGAAGAAAAUGUACCAGUCAGGAGUAACGUGCCCGCUAAAUAUAUAAAAUACAUGAGGGAUAUCGUCAACACUGUGAUCAACAGCAAAUGGCGUUACAUCCUCUUCUUGAUGGUCUGUUCCUAUUUCUUCUUCUGGUUCGCCUUCGCCGGGAUAUGGUAUUCAGUGGCGAUGGCAUAUCGAGAUGAAAUCGGUGAUGGGAAGGAGCACUGCGUUACAGGAACCUCCUCCUUUGCCGGGUUCCUUAUGAUGUCCGUUGAGACUCAGAUGACCAUCGGAUACGGCUCGAGAUAUCCGAACGAGGAGUGUCCUGAAGCAAUUUUGGUUAUGGUACUAGAGAUAGUAGUAGGCACGGCGCUGUCCGGGGGUCUGUCCAGUUUACUGUUCACGAAGCUAGUGAGGCCGAGCAGACAUAUAACGGCUGUUGGUUUCAGUAAGAAAGCUACUGUGUGUCUACGUGAUGGUCAACUGUGUCUUCAGUUCAGGGUCUGGGAUCUUUUGAACCUGCAUUUGAUUACCAGUACUAUAACCGCCUACAUGCUCAAACCCAUCAGAACAUUAGAAGGUGAAUCUGUACAGAACUAUAUCCACCAGUUGAAGCUGAAGGAAUCAAGGUCUUUUCUCUUGUGGCCCAUUACAGUGGUCCACGUGAUUGAUUCAGAGAGUCCUUUAUACGACUUCUCAGCGCAGGAUAUGAUGGACUAUAGAUUUGAAAUAGUGGUGUGUCUAACGGGAUCAUCUAAGAACAUGGGAACAAUGACGCAGAGUAGAACAUCGUAUCUCUCGAAGGAAAUUAUUUGGGGAUAUCGGUUUAAGAAUGUUUUGAAGUAUUCCAAUAAAAAGGAAGCCUACAUCAUCGACGUGGAAAAUUUAAACACAGUUGAGGAAGUCGAAACGCCUCUAUGCAGCGCGAGUUAUUUGAAAGAGUUCGAGGCAGGUAUCAACAGCCAUUCAUCUCACCAGCUCCUAUCUACACCUACCAACAUAUCUGCAUCUCCGACCAACAUAUCUCUAAGUCCUGAAGACUCAUCUCUAUCUCCAACUGCUGACUCUUUGCCUUCAUCCCCUUCGCUCAAUAGAACUGCUACCCAGAGAAGUCACGGAUGGCAUUUCAGGAGGUUUAGACCAAUCGAUAAAAUGCAGGAUCAUGGUGUUCAUGUAAUAGGUUCGGCAAAAGCUGUUGAACUUUGAACAGAUAUUAAUGAUAAAUGUGUGUUUGGAAA